GGCUGGCGGGAGGGCUGUCCCCGCGCUGCGCCUGGAAGAGGGACGUGGGGAGCUGCGUGUAUCUGGGGCGUUCUCUCUCCAGGGCCAGCGCGGAUCCACGCGCCCUCCCGCGUGCUGCUUCCAGUUCUCCAUCCUUCCUCCUCUCCCGCCCCUGUCCCCGAUGUUUGGGCUCAUCUUCCCCGUCCCGUCGUUUCCUUCGUAUGGCCCUAUUGUCUUGUUUGGUCCUCACGACUCCCUGAGCCGGGGACCCGGCCAGCUCAUUCCCCCAGUUUGGGUUAGUUGGGAGCGGUGAACCCGCCGGGACACCUCCCUUUCUCCCCUAGGAUCUGUGUGGCGUGACGCACUUGGGUCCCAUUGUGCGCUUGUGCUCCGAACACCUGCUCAUGGGGUCACAGGGAAGGGGAGGACCCCCCCCUCGCCGGUCUCAGAGGCCGCGCCCAUUCCCACCAUGCUGACUUGCCCCAUCCCCUGAAUACACCAAUAAUGUUGUUGUUGUGUGCUGUCUAGUCGAUUCCGACACAUAGCGACGCUAUAUAGAUGGAGUUAUUUUUGGCCUGAAUCAAGUUAAUUGCUACUAGUUCUUAUUUUAAGAGCCUUUAACCCCCAGCCUCGCUCCAGCCCCAAAUCCACCUCCCCCAGGCCGGUAUUCUCCCUAGUUCUUAAGUCUGGAUAAUGGAAAAGAAGUUUGGGAGUGAUCAUAUGAGUGUUUUCUGGACGUGUUUGGGUCCUUGGAUAUGGACAACAGAAAUGCCCCACUGCAGAAUCCUGCGUGUUUUUAGACUUUGUGGGAGGGAAACCGUGUAGUUGGAAGAGGAAAUGCCUCUUCUUUUCUCUAAUCCCAUGGGUCAACAUUCUGGUAUGAAUGUCAAACUCUGCAUGGUCACUUCUGCAGCUUAUCUUUUCACUACCCCAUCAUGGAAAACAGGAACUCCUGGUUCAAGUCAUUGUGAAAUUGAGGUUGUUAUUUAGGGUUUUCCCAAUGGAUUUACUGGGAGAGAAGCACAUAGCAUGAAGUCAGGUGCUUCUUGCCUGAAGAAAUCUCAGAUGAUCUAGUUCUGCCCUUUCACCCACAUGAUGAAGAGACUGUGUGUGCUUAAAGGGGGCAGCUGACAUGUCAGAGGUCCAGAAGUCUUGACACUCCCUCUCUUCAGUGCUGAAGUCCAUGCUGCCCACCACACACACGUGCGCGUGUACACACACACACUUUCCUGCUUCAUGACUAGGUUAGUUCCUCACAAACCCUGGCCCUCUGCCCAGUGAAUACUGUGGAAGAUGCAGAUAGUGGAGGUGACCAUGCCUCACCUAUUAUACAGUGUCUUGAGGAGGAUGCUAUCAGGUGUAGACAGGUGCAUACAAAGGAUGGGCUGGAGCAGGGCUGGGUACUUUCAAUAAGAAGAAACACCACCCAUAACUCAGUUUCUCCUUUUGUAUGUGGAGAAUACAAUGAAAUACUAAGAGUUGCACUGGAGUUGAUCCCUGGGUGGCACAGAUGGUUUGCACUUGACUAGUUCUAUUCGGCGACACACGCAAUCGCCAUGAGUCAGAAUUGAGAGCCACAGGUUUGGUGUUUUGGUUUUUACCGACCUAAAGAAUAGCUAUUUGAACCCAUCCAGCAGCACCAAGGAAGAAAAAGGCCAGGCAAUCUGCUUCCAUAAAGAUUACAGCCAAGAAAACUCUAUGGGGCAGUUCUACAGUGAAACAUGCCGAGUUGCCCCAUGAGUUGGAAUCAACUAGAAGGGAAUGGGUUUGGUUUGGUUUUGAUUUCACCAGAGUUAAGGAAGGGAUGACAGGUUGAUGACAGGCUGUCACGCUCCCUACAAGGAUUAAUUACCUGUGGAAUCUGAGGCCUGAGGCCUGCAGGGAGAGUCCAAAAAAACCAAACCAAACCCAGUGCUGUCAAGUUGAUUCCAACUCAUAGUGACCGUAUAGGACAUAGUAGAACUGCCCCAUAGAGUUUCCAGGGAGCACCUGGUGGAUUCUAACCGCCAACCCUUUGGUUAGCAGCUGUAGCACUUAACCACUACGCCACCAGGGUUUCCAGGGUCAGAGAGAGUCAGGCCUGAUUAUUUGGGUCAAAAAGUUAGUGUAUCAGUGUCUGCUCUGAGUCUGCCUUGAAAAGACCCAGAGUGCUGGAUGAGAGGGAGAGUUUAUUUUGUCCUUCCUUUUAAUCUAGUUCCACUGGAGCUGUUUGUUAUGUAGUGUGCGCCAAAGUCCUUUUUAGAAAUGAACUGUUAGCUUCUUGGAUCAAGUAGACACUUGAGACUAUGAAGGCAUCUCCUAUCUGGAGCAGAGAUGAGGGGGCAGAGUGGGGUCAGAAGCUGGCGGAAUGGACCCAGAAAGAGAGAGUGGAGGGAAGGAGUGUGCUGUCUCAUUAGGGGGAGAGCAAUUAGAAGUAGAUAGCAAGGCAUAUAUAAAUUUUUGUAGGAGAGACUGACUUGAUUUGUAAACUUUCACUUAAAGCACAGUAAAAAUUUUAAAAAAAGAAAAGAAAAAAGAAAUGAACUGUUAAUCUUCAAUUGCAGUGGCUGUGACUGAUUAGCCCAACUGGUCAGUCUGACAAGCCUUAUUCCUAGUAAUGUGCGUAAACCACAAACUUCGCUCAGGCAAAGCGGAGAGAUUAAGGUCUCAGAGAAGUAGUUGAUCACCUAACUUUGUGGAAUGUAGGCCCAGAGAGUUUAGCAAAAAAGCAUUUCCUCCCCUCUGUUCCCAUGGCCCUAGUUAAAUUCUGAUGCUUAUCACAGAACAUACAUGCUUAUCUUACUGCUGUAGGGAGGAAGGCGGUAAACUAUUACUCAGUUUUUUUUUUAUAGCCUCCUAGCAAGGCAGCACCUCCAAGGCAGCACCUCCAAGUAUCCAUUUUAUAGGAAACCGAUAAUCAUUAGUCAUUUUGAGAAAAAGUUAAAGGAAUUGAAGAUGUUAAAUCUGGAAAAGACUGGGCAAGGGUACCUAGAACCUUCUUAAUGGGCCUUAGGAGUGUCACAUCACUACUACAAAUUCAGUUACUACUACUUACUGCUGUAGGGUCUAUUCCAACUCACAGCAGCCCUGCAGGACAGAGUAGAAGUGCCCCAAGGCUUUCCAAGGGCGUAAAUCUUUACAGAACCAGACUGCCACAUCUUUCUCCUGUGGAGUGGCUGGUGGGUUCUAACUGCUCACCUUUUGGUUAGUAGCCAAGUGCUUAACCACUGUGCCACCAGGGCUCCUUUCAAUUACUGCUGGCUAUAUGAGUCGGAAUCCACUGGACGGCACUGGGCAUAGCUACUUAUGGAAACCCCGAUGGCGUAGUGGUUAAGUGCUAUGGCUGCUAUAUCAAAGGGUCAGCAGUUUGAAUCCACCAGGCGCUCCUUGGAAACUCUAUGGGGCAGUUCUACUCUGUUCUAUAGGGCCGCUAUGAGUCAGAAUUGACUCGAUGGCACUGGUACUGGGGUAGUUACCCAUAGCUAUAUGGGAUGUUUACCUGCAUUUUAUUGACUAUGCAAAGGUAUUCGACUGUGUGGAUCAUAACAAAUGAUGGGUAACAUUGUGAAGAAUGGGCAUUCUAGAACACUUCUUUGUGCUCAUGCAGAACCUGUUCAGAGACCAAGAGGCAGUCAUUCGGACAGAACAAGAGGAUGCUGCUUGGUUUAAAAUCAGGUGUCAGGAUUGUAUCCUUUCACUGUACUUAUUCAAUCUGUAUACUGAGCAAAUUAUCCGAGAAGCUGGACUGUCUGAAGAAGAACAGGGCAUCAGAAUUGGAGGAAAACUCAUCAACAACCUGUGUUAUGCAGAUGACACAACCUUGCUUGCUGAAGGGGAAGAGGAGUUGAAGCACUUACUGACGAAGAUCAAAGACUACAGCUUUCGGUAUGGAUUACACCUCAACAUAAAGAAAGUAAAAAUCCUCACAACUGGACCAAUGAGCAACAUCAUGAUAAACGGAGAAAAGAUUGAAGUUGUCAAGGAUUUCAUUUUACUUGGAUCCACAACCAAUGCCCAUGGAAGCAGCAGUCAAGAAAUCAAAUGACACAUUGCAUUGGGCAAAUCUGUUGCAAAAGAUCUCUUUAAAGUGUUAAAAAACAAAGAUGUCACUUUGGGGACUAAGGUGUGCCUGACCCAAGCCAUAGUGUUUUCAGUCACUUCAUAUGCAUGCCAGAACUGGACAAUGAAUAAGGAAGCCUGAAGAAGAAUUGAUGCUUUUGAAUUAUGGUGUUGGCUAAGAAUAUUGAAUAUACCAUGGACUGCCAGAGGAGGAACAAGCCUGCUUUGGGAGAAGUACAGCCAGAGUUCUCCUUGGAAGCGAGCAUGAUCAGCAACGUCUUGUUUUUUGUUUUGCCGCCCAUCUGUAUGUGCUUGUUUCGGCAGUAUGCAACCUGCUUCAACAGUGGCAUCUACUUAAUAUGGACUCUUUUGGUUGUUGUGGGAAUUGGAUCUGUCUACUUCCAUGCAACCCUCAGUUUCCUGGGUCAGAUGCUUGAUGAACUUGCAAUUCUUUGGGUUCUGAUGUGCGCCCUGGCCAUGUGGUUCCCCAGAAGGUAUCUACCAAAGAUCUUUCGGAAUGAUAGGGGCAGGUUCAAAGCAGUGGUCUGUGUCCUGUCUGCGGUUACGACAUGCCUGGCGUUUGUCAAACCGGCCAUCAACAACAUCUCUCUGAUGACACUGGGAGUUCCUUGUACUGCGCUGCUCAUCGCAGAGCUAAAGAGGUGUGACAAUGUGCGUGUAUUUAAGUUGGGCCUCUUCUCCGGCCUCUGGUGGACUCUCGCCCUCUUCUGCUGGAUCAGUGACCGAGCCUUCUGCGAGCUGCUGUCGUCCUUCCACUUUCCCUACCUGCACUGCGUGUGGCACAUCCUCAUCUGCCUGGCCGCCUACCUGGGCUGCGUGUGCUUCGCUUACUUUGACGCUGCCUCGGAGAUCCCUGAGCAAGGCCCCGUCAUCAAGUUCUGGCCCAGCGAGAAGUGGGCCUUCAUUGGGGUCCCCUAUGUGUCCCUCCUGUGUGCCAGCAAGAAAUCGCCUGUCAAGAUCACGUGACGGCCAGGUGUGGCUGUGCUCCCGGCUUCUUUUCCCUCAUGCAUUGGGCUUCAUUCGCUAGCAAAGACAGCCAGAGCAGGGUGGAAGGAGUGUGUCAUUUUAAAUUCGCCUGUCCUGGGUGUGUCUGUGGGUGGCCAGGAUUCCACUGGGCACGGGGAGAAGUAAUUCCCUUCUUACUUCUGGAUGGGGCACACGUGGUAUCUUUCCCAGCAUCCCUCUCAGAUGCAGGGGCUUGUCCUACCGUGUCCUUUCGGAUGGUGGCAGAGCAGUCCCUCUGGGUGACCCAGCACUGCCCAGUGCUUUGCUUUCUGGAGAGCUUCCCACUCCAGACCCUGCCAUUCCCAGGCACUCAUGGCUGGACUCUACUGUUGAUGGACAGACCCUCCAACAAACAAGACCUUCUGACUAUCUGAUAAAGACACCAGAGAUUUUCAUCUGGGGAACCUAUCCUUAAACAAAAUGGAGCAAAUGAAACACAUGCAGGGCUUGUGACCAAGGAAGCCAAUUUUCCACUUGCUCCUCAACUCACCCAAGUUUUACAUGCCUUUGUGAAUCCAAACUACCUCUGCUGAGAGAUGGAGACUUGACUUCAGAGGAGGGUGAAGCUAAUGAGAAAAACCCUCUAUACCAAAAACCACCCUCCACUUUAAGCCAUUCCGGAAGAUAAGCACAAUUUCUAAAUGUUGACAUCUCCCUUUCCGCACCCCAUUUCCAGCUCUGUAGCCUAAAAAAUACAGAGAAGAGUAGUUACAACGUGAACAUUCCACACACCGACCCAACUCUCCAGCAAGCUUGACCUCUAUUAAGAUCGCCAAAGGGCUAGUUACAAUCAUGGUGGGAUUUCUGGCUCAAAACUUGGAGCAAACAUGAAAUUUUUUUGAGACUUUUUCUCAUUUGAAGCCUCCAGUGUGUUACACUAUUCUGAAAAUUACCUUCAAGAAGCUCAGCUCUUCUUUAAUAUUUACUGUGGGAAUCAGGUUCCACAUUCUCAAUGUUCAUUCAAGGUGCUUCCUGUGAUUUCUCACAGCAUUUGGCUAUUGGCUUUCUUCAAGUGCUGGCAACGACCUAUAGACUCGCUGAUUUGAGUUGCUUAUGCAGCAGGGAAAAAUCUGUUGCCUUCUGAGGUUUUCUAACCUAAAUUGACACUGGCUACAACUAACCUCCACUGGGCUGAAUGGAAGACUCCAAAACUGUCUGCAAGGUUUAAGGUGGAAAUUAUGGACCUCAGGGAUACCCAUUUUAACUCAGGCAUCCUGCUUUUGUAACAUUCCAUUGUGGGGAAAGGGCAAGACAGAUGUGUUUUUCCUGUGUGGAUGGGAGUCAAGUCAUCUGUCUUAAGUACAGGCAGUCCUUGGAUUCGACUUACCGAAAACUCAUACUUAAGAACAGACUGCCGUAAAGUCUACUGUAUUAAGACUUUGAGUUAAAUACAAUGGUUUGUAAUAACAAACUCUUGCACUACUCUGUCUUCAGUACAGUACCAUAUGUAGUUUCAUUAUUACUGUAUUAUGUUUUAGUGUAUUUGGAAGUGUUUCUUAAGUGUUUUAUUAUAUGGAUAAAAUAGACAGGUAAAAUAUGUACUAUAUUCUAAGACAAACAUUUGACUAGUUCUGACUUACCUCCAAAUUCUAGCUAAGGACAAACUUAGGGAUGGAUCUCUUUCAUAACCUGGGCACUGCCUAUAUCUAAGAGUUGGGCAGUCACAGUUUUUGACAGGUCCAGGAAUUCUUAUUCUGGUUAGAACUUGCACAGGAUCCAAGGCUAAAAGCCCAAUGAGGGACUGAGUUUAGAAUUGAAAAAUUAAUGACAGCGUCUACUGCAGUGAUUUUCAACUUCCUUUAGCAGCAGAACUCUGUUUGCAGUAAGAAAUUUUCAUGGAACUCCAAUGUAGAUUGUGUUUUAUUUAAGUUUAUUUUAAGGUUAAUUUAUAGCAUCUACGUAACUGAUACAUCAGGGAGUGAAAAUGCAAAUGAACAAAUUGAUGGUUUCCAAGGUAGAAAAAUUUAGUAUUGAUGCAUGUAUAUGUUGCUUUAUUACAGUUUAAAAAUAUUUUAAAAGUAAUAUUUGAAUCAAAUAUUUGUGGAACCUCUGAUGCACCUCUAUGAGACCUGGGUGGCUCGUGGAACAGAAUUUAAAGAUUGCUGUUAAGUCCCUUGGAUUCCAAGUCAAGACUCUUCCAAAAGAGAAAUAUCAGACAUCAUUACUUCAGGUUGACCUUACUUGGUGUGGAUUCUGGCCUCAUCCAAUUCUGCUAUAUAAAAAUGCCCCUAAAUGGGAAGUUUGGGGGGGGGGGUGGUGCAUUUUAAGCCUAGCUGUCUCCAUUGUGGAAGCAGAGAUAUGGGGAAAUGGAAGGUGUAGGAAAUGUUUUUUUGUGUGAGGUUUAUUUCUGCCUGGAGACUUCUUGGUGUUGGGAGCUUUGUCUCCACAGUCAAGGAGGGAUCAUUUUUCCCUGUAAACGUGAAGGGCUUAUUCCCUGGGAGCCUGGUGACACCCCCACCUCCAGCCUCCCUGCCCUUCAGGCAGGUUCCGAGUUCCCUUUGGAAAUGGGGAUAAAUGUGACUCACUGGGCAUAUUUGAGUAGGCUUGGAAGUGAGUACCUUGACUUAGAGGGCUGCCUCUCCUUCUCUUCUGUGAGACAAAUGACUCAUUCAAGAUGUCAGAAUGUAUGCUUAUGAUAUGAAAAGCAGAAUGCCCUUCUAGAGACUGGUUCUAAUGAGAGGAGGGCUGAGAAGGAAAUGUGGAAUGGGGGAUACAGGGGAGGACCAAACAUAAUUCUACUUUUGAACAGAAAUCACUGUAGUGUGCCAGCCUGCAGUAGUAAGCCAAGAAAAUAGGACUAUACCCAUCUUAUUUUAAGUUGGAUUUAUGCUAUCACUCAUAUAUACAUAAAAUCAAUACUCUUGAAAGAAAAUUUGGACACUUCAGAAAGUUAAAGAAGAAGAAAAGCUGCUUGUAUUCCUAUUGCCCAAGCACAACCACUGCUAAUAUCUUGGCGUUUUGAUAUAUUUCCUUCUUUUAUUUUUUAAUAUACUUGUAAAUAGAUAACUUUUAGCGUUGACAGUUUAUCCCGUAGCUUGGCUGGAACAUAAAUGCCAGUUGUGUUUUGGAAUACACUCAAGUUAGCCGUACAGUUGAGUUCUAAUCACUGGAUUCUGAGAGUGAAACACUGAGUUUUUUUGUUUUUACGGAGCCUGACAUGAAUGGGCCCUAAUAAGUAAUGAACUGAGUUCUACUUUCUGAUGUGCUUCUCAAGUUAGGUUGAUGAGUCAUAGGAAAUAGCCGUUUAAUAUGUGACUCUCAAGUUUGAUAUUUUCAGAUUUGUAAAGAAUGAAUACCUUAUUCCAUUUAAAUGUUGUACAAUCAAGAAUUUUUUGUAUUUUUGAUAAUGCAGGGAUGGGGAGAUUUGACCCUUAAGAGUUACGUCGUGUGGGUUGUCGGCAUGGCUAUUAGAUUUUUGUUCUGAUUAUGAUUUUACAAGCUCAAUCCCCAGCAGGAACUGGAUUUAGGAUAUGAAAAACGUUAAUGAUGUCUACUAGUAAUUUAAGUCAAUGAUUCUUAUUUUACUAAGUGUUUGAUUUAUUGUUUAUUUUUAGAAAAAGUAGUCUUUUCUCUCCUUUAGAUUACAUUGUUAAAAAACAAGCACUUUGGUGAACUUAUUUAAGGAGUGUGGUGGUGAUGAGCUAUCUGAAUCCAUUUAUUAGGCUACAUUUUUGGGGGAACUCUGCCUGUCCCUUCAAAAAGUGCCUAAAACAUUGAUUAUGGAUUGAAGAUGUUCUGUCUGGGGACAAAACUUGAUGGCCAUCAAACACUGGUUUUGUAAAAACUAUCCCCUACUCACUUCAUUGGAUUUCUCAUCUGUAUAAUACCUUCUUUUGCCAGUUGAUCACGUUUACGUGAACCUGGAGUGGAGCGGUGAGGGCACCAAGCUGGGGCUUGUGCCUUGCCUGGCUCUUUAACUCUUGGGGCUGACGUAGAAUGAUCACUGAGGGCCAGGUGAGGGCUGGGGCCUAGCUCCUUUUCCCUGAAAUGAGCUUGGGGACCUUUCAUAGCAAGGGCUUUUUGCCUGGGUGCUGUUCCAGCUGAUCCAAGAGGAGUCUGGGGCUAGGUUGGGAUUCUCUCUGGAUUUUCUAGACCUCAUUGUGGUAUAGACUUUUUUUUAAAAACUGCCCCUUCUGCAAGGAACUCAUUGUUUGAAUUGUACCCUUCCCUAUAUGUUGCACCAUAUUUAAGACUGUUUUAUAACCACAGUAUAUAAUCAGAACAAACGCAGUGUUUUCAGAUGUAUACCUUCUUUUCUACCAAGGUGUGACGGACAAGGAGCAGCAUGCCCACUGGCUGUGGUAGCAUCUAAUCACUGUUGCUGUGGGGAUAAUUUAAGGCCUUUUGUAAUGGAGCUUUUGCACUUUAUUCUCUUUUUUGUGAACUGUGACAGCCAUGUUUGAUAUUAAAGCCUCAAGUGGCAUUUUCUGUGUCAGAAUGAAUAUGUGUAUAUCGUUACUGUUGUUAGGUGCCGUUGACUCGGUUCCAACUCAUAACGACCCUGUGUACAACAGAUGGAACACUGCCUGGUCCUGCACCGUCCUCACAGUCACCUAUGUUUGAGCCCUUUGUUGCAGCCACUGUGUCGGUCCAUCUCAUUGAGAGUCUUCCUCUCUUUUGCUGACCCUCUCCUUUACCAAGCACAAUGUCCCUCCUGAUAACACGUCCAAAGUAUGUGAGACAAAGUCUUGCCAUCUUUGCUUCUAAUAAGCAUUCUGGUUGUACUUCUUCCAAGACAGGUGUGUUCAUUCUUCUGGAAGUCCAUGGUAUAUUCAAUAUUCUUCACCACCACCAUAAUUCAAAGGCAUCAAUUCUUCAGUCUUCCUUAUUCAUUGUCCAGCUUUCACAUGCAUAUGAUAUGAUUGAAAAUACCAUGGCUUGGGUCAGGAGCACCUUAGUCUUCAAGGUGACAUCUUUGCUUUUCAGCACUUUAAAGAGGUCCUUUGCAGCCGAUUUGCCCAAUGCAAUGAGUCUUUUGAUAUCUUGGCUGCUGCUUUUAUGGACGUUGAUUGUGGAUCCAAGUAAAAUGAAAUCCUUGAUAAUUUCAAUCUUUUCUCCAUUUAUCAUGAUGUUGCAUAUUGGUCCAGUUGUGAGGAUUUUUUUUUCUUAUUGUUGAGGUGUAAUCCAUACUGAAGGCUAUGGUGUUUGAUCUUUAUCAGUAAGUGCUUCAAGUCCUCUUCACUUUCAGCAAGCAAGUUGUGUCAUCUGCAUGACACAGGUUGUUAAUGAGUCUUCCUUCAAUUCUGAUGCCACAUUCUUCUUCAUAUAGUCCAGCUUCUUGGGUCAUUUGCUGAGCAUACAGAUUGAAUAAGUAUGGUGAAAGGAUACAACCCCGACACAUACCUUUUUUGAUUUUAAACCGUGCAGUAUCCCCUCAUUCUGUUCGAACAACUGCUUCCUGAUCUAUGUACAGGUUCUGCAUAAGCACAAUGAAGUGUUCUGGAACUCCCAUUCUUUGCAAAGUUAUCUAUGAUUUGUUAUGAUCCACACAGUGGAAUGUCUUCGGGUAGUCAAUAAAAUACAGGUAAACAUCUUUCCCGUAUUCUCUGCUUUCAGCCAAGAUCUGUCUGACAUCAACAGUGAUAUCCCCCAUUCUACAUCCUCUUCUGAAUCUGGCUUGACUUCCUGGCAGUUCCCUGUUGAUAUAUUGCUGUAACCAUUUUUGAGUUAUCAUCAGUAUAAUUUUACUUGUGUGUGAUGUUAAUGAUACUGUUUGAUAAUUUCCACAUUUUGUUGGAUCACCUUUCUUUGAAUUGGCACAUAUAUGGAUCUAUUCUAGUCACAUGGCCAGGUAGCUGUCUUCCAGUUUUCUGGGCAUAAAUGAGUGAACAUCUCCAGCACUGUAUCUGUGGAAACAUCUCAAUUGGUCUUAUAUCAAUUCCUGGAGGCUUGUUUCUUGCCAAUGCCUUCAGUGCCUCUUGGACUUCUUCCUUCAGUAUCACUGGUUCUUCCUCAUAUGCUACCUCCUGAAAUGGUUUAACAUCGGCCAAUUCUUUUUGGUACUUUGACUCUGUAUUCCUUCCAUCUUCUUUUGAUGCUUUUUGCAUCGUUCAAUAUUUUGCCCAUAAACCAAAGACCAAACUCACUGCUGUCGAGUCAAUUCCGACUCAUAGCGACCCUAUAGGACAGAGUAGAACUGCCUGAUAGAGUUUCCCAGGAUUGCCUGGUGGAUCUGAACUGCCGACCUCUUGGUUAGCAGCUGUAGCACUUAACCACUACGCCACUAGGGUUUCCAUUUUGCCCAUGGAAUCCUUCAAUAUUGCAACUCGAGGCUUGAAUUUUUUCUUCAGCUCGUUCAGCUUGAGAAAUGCCAAGCGUGUUCUUCCCUUUUGGUUUUCUGACACCAGGUCUUUGAGCACUUCAUUAUAAUACUUUGUCUUCUAGAGCCGCCCUUUGAAAUUUUCUGUUCAACUCUUUUACUUCAUCAUUUCUUCCUU